AUGGAUACAAACAUGCGCCUGGGCGUAUCCCAUGCCACACAAAUAUGGGAUGAUCUCGGUGCUGCUUUGGUUUUCGUGAUCACCACGUUUUACUUAUUGCUUGCAAAAUUCGAGAAUGAUCCCUACCAUCACCUAUGGUUCGAGCGGCCACAGGCAGAUAUGAAAACCAAGGCAAAAGAAGCCGAAUCGAAUAUUGCGAAAUUUUUGCGAGAGUCGGGUCAAGAUAUCGUGAUAUUUUACGGGUCUCAGUCUGGCACAUCCCAACGGUUGGCCCAACUCCUUGGUCACGCGAUCGAUCGCCAGUUUUCCAAGUCAGUCUGUAUCGCGAGUCUCGCCGACUACGACAGCAGCUCAAUUGCUGAGAUUGCUCGCAAAAGUCUCAUCAUCUUUAUUCUCUCAACAUAUGGCGAAGGCGAGCCCCCAGACAAUGCACUCUCAUUCUAUGAUUGGCUUCAAAAGGGUCGAGAUACAAGACAUCUUGAAGGGCUUCGCUUCUCGAUAUUGGGAUUAGGCAGUAGCAACUAUAAGUCUUACAAUCAAUUCGCACGUUCUACAUUCGAUCUCUUGUGUGACUCCGGCGCCGCUCCGAUCCUCGAGUUGUCCCUUGCUGAUGACGCCCUUGGAUUGGCUGAAGAAGACUACCAUAGCUGGGCUACCAACCUCUUUCAGGUUCUGGUUGACAAGUUAGGCAUGCAGGAGAUGCCUCGGCCCUAUGAACCGUCACUGCAAGUCGACUUUUGCGAUGAAAAUUGCAUUGAUGAAUCAAUUUACGCUCCAACUCAAAAGUCCGAGACAAAAGGCAAAAGGACAAACACAAGCCCGGGUACAAUAUCUUGUCUACCGGUAUUGGAGACUCGUUACCUCACAAAUUCACUUGAUCGACCAGUUUUUCAUCUGGAGUUCGAUCUAUCGGCUCGACCCGAGUUGAAAUACGCUACGGGGGACCAUCUCGGCCUCUGGCCAGAAAAUGAAGACACUGAAGUCCAAAAACUACUGGGAAGACUCGAUAUCCCGUCGGCUAAUUUCACGAAGUGUCUGAACAUCCAGUCCGCCAAUCGUGACUCUUUCUGGAAUCCUGUUUGGGAUGGCCCGAUCACGAUACAUGCUUUGUUCAAGAGACAUCUGGAAAUCGCCGCGCCAGUAUCACGAGACUUCAUUCAAGAUUUGCAGCAAUUUGCCCCGACAGCCACAUCAAAACUGUUUUUGGAUUCGCUGUUGUCGGAUGGAGCGCGGUAUAUGCAUUAUAGAUCUACCUGCAACAUUACGCUAGGGUCUCUUAUGCUAGACGCAUGUCCAAACCAAUUGUGGCAAAUCCCAUUAUCGUUUCUAUUGGAACGCGUCCCAGUGAUGCGACCACGAUAUUAUUCCAUAGCCUCAGCUUCGAGCGUUACACCACGCCGGAUUGCUAUUACCGUCAGCUUGAACACAAUCCAUUUGCAAAAUACCAGGGAGACUGUUAAAGGCCUGGCAUCGCACUACCUACUACGAAGAUUUAUCGCACCUCAAAAAGUGGCUGCUUCGCCUAUUUCUGAGAACGGUGAACCUGAUUCGUCGCUGAAAGUUGAGAGAUCAGCUUUCUGUCACAUUCGAAAAUCCAAGUUGAGAAUGCCAGCAGCCCCAUCCCAGCCUAUCAUUAUGAUUGCCACUGGUUCCGGUAUUGCCCCAUUCCGAGGGUUUGUCCAGCACAUGGUGAAACAAGCAAAGCUGGGAAAGGAGCUUGGGCAAACAAUUCUCAUAUUUGGCUGCCGCGCGCCCACAGACCAUCUUUACAAGGAGGAGCUUGACUUUGCGGCAGAGCAACUGAACGGCAAACUCCUUCUCUUUACUGCCUAUUCCCAAGUUGGUGAGGAAAGCAGUCAUGUGCAAGAUAAGAUCAAGGAGCAGGAUCUUGUGACUGAAAUGAUUAUUGAGGAAGACGCGAGUCUUUAUAUCUGUGGUUCUACAGGUAUGGCGCGUAACGCCAGUCAAGCAUUGCGAGAUGCACUUUCCCAACGCUACAAGUGGUCCGAUUCAGAAUUUGCAGCUUUCGAGUUGACGAGGAAGAAAGCCCGGCGAUGGCAAGAGGAUGUUUGGGGUUGA